AUGGGGUCCCCCCAUGUGUGGAAAGACGAGCAGUUCUGGGUAUAUGUAGACCGGCUGCUCAAAGAGUUGCGGGAGUUUGCAAAGAAGGGUACCACUUCCACCAAGGAAUGGGAAGAUAAUGUGAAAGACUUCUUUACUGAGAGUCUCCAAGUUGACAUGGCAACUUACACUGAGCCAGGAAGACUCACCCUUCAGUCGACUCAGGAGGUUGAGGAACUUGGCCGUGAAUGCCAUGGUUUGCAGUUCAAGACUACAUCGGCCACAGCAGAGCAGCUAGAGGGAGCAUUUAUGCAACAGCUGGCUACUAAAAUGAGUAGUGUUGCAACAAACCUUUGGGCUAUUAUCAGCUCUAUCAUGGAGAGCCCACAAAACCGGAGAAAGGCUCGAGAACCUGCAACCCCAAUGAAUAGGACACCACCAACUCUUGCAGAUGGAGACAGCUUCAUGGGAGAACUUGGCGGUGAUGAGGAUGAAAAAGGUGACCAGGAGACACCGAAGAAGAGGUGGAGAAGAGCGGCCACAAGGAACACUGCAUUGGGAAUGAUUAAAACUGUUGUGUGCAUUAGUAUCAUGCUACACAAUUCAAACGAGAGGUGUAACUACUUACAGGCUAUCCUUGGCUUGUUUUGCCAUUCAACUGGAGUUCCAGAGAAAGUGGUUGAAGUGUUGGCCCAUGCUGGAUCAUCCGUCAGCCUAACAUCUAUACAUCAUGCAGUUUCGUCAAUUUCAAAGGAGAUAUCUGUAAAGAUAUCUGUAAAGAUAAAAAAAGAAGUGUGGUCUAUGUGCUCAGCAUUUGCAUAUGACAACUUUGAUAUGGACUUCAAGACGGCACAACCAACCAUUGAGCACAGCUCAAGGUUUGUCAGUGCUACCUCUGCCACAGUCAUCCCACUAUUUGGUGUAUCAGAUCCAGCUGCUUUGCGUUGUUCAGCUGAAUUGUGGCAGCGUGAUUCCAGAAAUCCUGCUGCAACAUCUCCAUUCAAAGAGAUUAGAAGUAUGCUCCAGUAUCACAAAGAAGACACUUACAACAAACAAUUGCAUCCCGACAAACUCAGCCCCCGCUCUGAAGCAUUUGCAUGGCAUGUCAGAAGCAUCCUUGUGAAUCAAUGUACAUCCUUCGGCCAUUUUUCCAGUCUUCUUGGAGAGCCAGAUAUAAUAGACAAAAUACCGGUCCACAAAAUGAAUCAGAUACCUUGUCGAGCAAUGAAUAUCAAACAGUCAACUCCGGAUGGGAAUAUAGAGGUUUUGGAUAACUUACUCAGGCAAGGCGGCAUUGGUGACAAAAGCGACAAGCACUUUGUACCGGAACUUGAUGCUGACAUGUCUGAAUAUGUCAUCCUUGUGCAUGGAGAUCUAUUGACAAAGGAACGCAUUGAUUUAGUCAAAGACACAAGGAGAAUUGAAGGAACACCUUGA